AUGCACUAUAACCCCAACCCAGGGAGGAUAUCUACCCACCAGGGCCAACACCAACACCAGGGCUGGACCUUUGACACAGAGCAAACCUACACUGCUCCGUCUUAUCUACGACCACACCAGAAGCAGAAACAGACACAUAUACAGACACGACCGCCCAAACGGCAACACGACACAGCCUUCACCACGGCACCGCUGCCCGUGCCAAGUUUCAACAGCCUCCCAUCGAAACCACCACCACCAGCUCAAGCUCCGACUAAAGCCCAGGCACAGACGGGCUCGCGGCCUCGCAAGCAGCGCAAACACAACCAGCUCGGCCUGACGCCCAAGACAGAAGAGCACGAGUCGAGCGAGUCAGAGGCUGGAGACGCGGAUGUGGACGAAGAGGCCAAGUUUGCGGGGCAGCUGGCCAAAGGCGAGCUGAAGUUCAGCUACCGAGGACAAACGUCUACGCUAGGCUCUACGGCAGAAGUACAGGCCUGGAUCGAGGAGAGAAGACGACGGUUCCCGACGAAGCAGCGGGUAGAGGAGAAGAAGAAAGAGGAGGACGCUCGCAGGGCAGCGAAGAAGCAGAGGGACGAAGAGGCAAGGAAGCAGAGAGAGGAAGCGAGAAAGCAGCAGCGAGAAGAAGAGCAGAAGAAGAGGCAGAAGACGAAGCGGACGAAGAAAGACACGCGAGAAGUAGAAGCGGCAGAAGCAAAGAAAGACAAGGGCCAGAAGAAGGGCGAUGCAAGCGAUGCGGCUGCGCGGGCGAAGAUGCGAGCGGACAAGCUGCGCGAGAAGCUGGCGAGACAAGAGCGAAAGCUUGCCCAGGCCGAAGCCAAACAAGCUGAAGCUGAAGCCGCAGCCAAACAGCAAGUUGGAACCGAAGUUGGCCUUCAAACUGAAGCAGCAGCUGGACCUGGGGUAGCUGGAGGAGCAAGAGAAGCAGGAGAUGAAGGUCAAGCUCGGCGCAAGACAGACGGAGAUGAAGCAGUUGCUACGACACUUGGUCUGCCUGUCGCAGCCGGCGCUACAGCGACGCUAACCUCGGGCCAACCCAACCGAGUUUCCGCUGCUGACGACGACGGUGACAUUACCAGCAGCAGCGGGAGUGAAAGUGAAAUUGAUAGCGAAAGCGAAAGCGACGAUAGUGGGAGCCAGAGCCAGAGCCAGAGUGAGAGUGAGGGCGAGAGUGAAGGUGCAAGUGGCAGCGAACCGGAGGAGCACAGCUCGCGCCGCCAGGCCCCGGCCAGAGUUCCUCCGCGCAGACGCUGCCACCAGUUCGCUCGGACAGGCCAGUGUCGGCACGGCAGCUCCUGCACUUUUCUACACGAGCCCAAGGACCAGGACAAGCCCAAGCCCAAGCCCAAGCCCGAGGACAGGGAGAAGAGGAAGACGGACAGGGAAAAGGAGCAGCGCAGGGGGGAAAAGCCACCGCAGGCUGGGCGACAGCGCCUGUACGAACGGCUGCUCGCUGGCCAACGGGAAGAAGAGGACCGCCGGAUCAUGCAGGCCAUCGUCUUCCUGGGCGAGCGACGCCUGCUCGACGAUCCCCCGGCCGCAACCUCGACGCCGACGUGA